AGCUCGACUAGAGACCAUAGAGACAGACGGACAGAGCGCAGCGGCAGUGCACGCAACACACCUCCCUCUGGCGUGCCCCGUCUAUCCCUCUGUCACCACAGACUCUCCACCGAUUCACCUCCGGCUGCCUCAUCCAGGCAUGGCAGACGGCUUUACCUCAUCAUGGCAGUGCUACAUUACACCCUUGACUUCAAGCUCCGUGCGCCAGCUGAUGUCUCUGCGACUGUGCGUGGCCUACAGUCUAUAUUUCAAGAGCAGGAAAUGACAGAGAAUGUCCACGACUCAGAGGGACAUGGAUAUCUGGCAACCUUUGUCGGCAAGAAUGGCAGGUUUGCCAUCUUACGAAUGCACUCCCAUGGUCUGGUGACCUUUGACCUGCAGUGUCUUGAAGGGGAUGAUGUAGUGCAAGUGGACAAUCUACUGAAUGCACUGGAGAAAAAAUUGAAGGCUCUCCUGGAUGGAAAUAUCCAAAGGAUCAAGAGACUCCCUGCGCUGAUUCGAGGGAGUGAUGUUGACCGAUACUGGCCCACUGCUGACGGCAGGUUGAUGGAGUAUGAUAUUGAUGAAGUUGUGUACGAGAAGGACUCCGCCUACCAGAACAUCAAAAUCUUGCACUCGCGGCAGUUUGGCCAUAUACUCAUCCUUAACGGGGAUGUCAAUCUGGCAGACAGUGAUCUGCCCUACACUCAGGCCAUUAUGGGCAGCGGCAAAGAGCACUAUGCUGGAAAGGAGGUACUUAUUCUGGGAGGAGGAGACGGUGGAAUUCUCCAUGAGGCGGUGAAGCUCAAACCAAAGAUGAUCACCAUGGUUGAGAUUGACGAGUUGGUGAUUGAUGGAUGUAGGAAACACAUGAGAAAGACAUGCGGGAAUGUUUUAGAUAACUUGAAGGGAGAUUGUUAUGAGAUAUUGGUACAAGACUGUGUUCCCGUACUUAAAAAGUUUGCCGAGCAAGGGAGAAUGUUUGAUUACGUCAUAAAUGACUUGACAGCUGUCCCUAUUUCUACAGCACCUGAGGAAGAUUCAACGUGGGAGUUCCUGAGACUCAUCCUUGACCUCUCCAUUAGAGUUCUGCGGCCUGGUGGGAAGUACUUCACACAGGGUAAUUGUGUGAAUCUGACUGAUGCGCUCAGUGAAUAUGAAAAGCUUUUGUGCAGACUUUCGUGCAAAGUGGACUUUUCCAAAGAGGUGGUGUGUGUUCCCUCAUAUAUGGAGCUAUGGGUGUUUUACACCAUCUGGAAGAAGUAAUGUCUCUUCCUCCUUCACUCUCUCCUCCAAGUCCUGCCGGAAUGUGAAGAUUUCUCCCUCAGCCUCUGUUGCACUGAGGGGAGACGUGCACAUAUCUCUCCAAGCACUGUUUCCAUUUCUACUGUUCCUUCACGUCCAAAAAUGAACAGCCUUCCCGUUUUUUGACAUGGCUAUUAGAAUUUUUGUGUUUGAAAUUUCUUAGAGAUGUUGUUUUGUUUGUUUGCCAGUGUUGGUUUGAUGUUGUGUGUUUGGAGUCCUCCAGGGAGCGCUGUGGAGCAGUGUGUGAGGGACACUGCUGAUGAUAAUGAAGGCCGGAGCGAAGCAUCAAGACACAUUCUGACUCCUGCCUUUGAGGAUUUGCUAUUAUGAUUCAGAUUUUACAAAGUUCUUUGUGUUUUACUGUAGCUCCAGUUUUUCCU